AUUUUUUCUCUCCGCUUUCCAAUCAUCGAAAUCCCGCGCGCUAAAUUUGUAAUAUAUGUGGAUUUCUGCGUGGGCUACGCAUCGCGAUAAAGCAUAAACUACGGUGUUGUCACGCACUGCGGCUCGCUGCGCAGGAUGGCAUCGAUGGAAGACGAUGAAAUAAUUGACGGCAGUGGCGAUGAGCAAGAAGAUAUAACACCAGCGGAUAUCCUUCAGAGGUUGAGACAGUCGUGGAUAGACGAGCGGAUGUGUCCCGAGCUGUUGGAAUACGACGGCGAUGUCGUGGACUGCAUGCUGGACCAGAUCCAUCAGAUGGAGGCCAACCUGAAGCGGGUCAGCAAGACGGAUUUCAAAAUAUCCAUCCACAAAAUGGAGGUGGACCGGAUCCGGUACCUGAUCGCCAGCUACCUGCGCUGCCGACUGCAGAAGAUCGAGCUCUACCACCGCCACCUGCUGGCCAGUGAAGAGCUGCGCCGCCGCCUGUCACCCGAGGAGCUCAAGUUCGCCACAGAGUUCCAGGCGGGCCAGGAGAGCCACUUCCAGGAGGUGGCGCUGCGGCACAUGCCGUCGAGCGGCGCGUCAGCCUCGCAGCCCGAGUCGGGCUCGGAGCCGGCGCCCAGCGCCGAGGGCAGCCGACUGGGCGCGGCCGAGGCCACGGUGGCGCCCAGCCUCGACGCGCACGUCUACCUGCGGGCCGACGUCGACUGCGUCGGCGUGCUCAUCGCCGACGAGGCCGGCGACUCCAGGACGGAGGAGCUGGACCUGGUGAAGGGCUCGCAGUACCUGUUGCGAUACGAACCCAUCUCCAAGCUGCUGCACAAAGGCGACGUGCACCUCAUUUGACCCGGGC